CGUUCGUCUGAAAUUAUUUGUAUAGAGGGAUCUCUACCAUCAUAUCAUUGGCUUCAUAAAGAAGUUUUGCAUGGCAGUUACCUAGAAAACCUUUUUCCAUUUUGUUCAAAUACUUUCCUGGGGUUUUCCUUCUUCUUUGGCCGUAAUGCUCGACCGGCGAAUUCCUUAUUCAUCAUCAAACCGGGACCUGAUUCUCUUCAGUGCAUGACUGCACGUUAAAAAAAAUAAAAAAUAAAAAAUAUCUGCUCCGCCUCGACUUCGGCGCUUCAGAUUACUGAGAAUGGGUUUCAUAACUUCUUGGGACGAGUUCGUUGAGCGAUCCGUACAGAUGUUCCGUGCUGAUCCUUAUUUGACGAGGUAUGUGAUGAAAUAUCGACACUGUGAUGGCAUGUUGGUUCUCACGGUUUCUGAUAACCAAGAGUCCAUCAAGUUCAAGACAGACCAGGCACAGGAUGCUAAGAAGAUGGAGAAACUGAAUAAUGUUUUCUUUACUUUGAUGUCUCGAGGCCCAGACGCUGAUGUGUCAGAGGCUACAGGGAAAGAACAAACGGAAGCACAGACAGGGAGGAGAGGAAGGGGAAGGAAACAAUAACUUCUGUUGGCUUUAGAGUAGAGGAUUUGGAGAUAUAUUUCAUGACUUGUGGAUAACUAACUGAAUUUUGAAAUGCUGUUAGAUGCGGUGUAAGGUUCAUACUAAAUCCAAUGUUAGGUGACACCAUUGGGAAUUGCUACAUCCUUAAACUCUUAAUGGUAUGCUUGUCAUUGUGCACGA